UGACGAAUAAAAGUCCAGAUACAUUUAGAAGGUCAUUAUGUAUACAAUAAAAGAAUCGAGUUCCUAAAGCGGGAAUUUAUAACGACUCUGGAUAGUUUGUGAAUUAAACUAAUAUAAUUAAACACGCGCUGCAAAAACCACUCAUUCAAAAUUAAUAAUUAAAUUAAAUUAUCAAUUAAUAAUUAAUAAACAAAUAAAUGAUAAAAAACAAUAAACCUUUGUCACAAUACCAUACACCAAGUCCAGCACCAUUAAAGUUGCGGACUGAAAUUUCUUGGGAUAUUAAUGACGUGAUUAUUCCAAUUGUUAACGAAUUCGAUGAAUUUGAUGAGUGGGUCGAUGGUCAUCGCCGUCUAGUUUAUUCGGCAUCUAAUGAAGAUGCGAAAAAACAUUCAUCAGGCUGGGCUAUGCGUAACACAAACAAUCAUAAUAUCAACAUAUUAAAAAAGAGUUGUCUGGGAGUGCUUUAUUGUUCGGCCAAAUGCAAGCUGGCAAAUGGUAGCAAUAUAAAUUUACGUCCCGCAAUUUGUGAUAAAGCCCGCCGUAAACAGCAGGGUAGACAAUGCCCUAAUCGAAAUUGCUCAGGACGUUUGGAAAUACAACCUUGUAAAGGCCAUUGUGGUUAUCCGGUAACCCAUUUUUGGCGCCGAGCCAAUAAUGUUAUAUUUUUUCAAGCAAAAGGGACACAUGACCAUCCAAAGCCCGAAGCCAAGGGGUCAACUGAAGCACGACGUCUUUUCGGUAAUAGCCGACGUAUUCGCAAUACAUCUACUAUGCUUACACAUCGAAAAAUUUCUCGCAAUAAUAAACACCGCAGUACUAACAACUACUUUAUGAACCCACAGUGCAGCUUACAUAAAAUAGAAGAACAAAGGAACAUAACGAAUUAUUGUAAUAUCUAUGAAAACAGUCACAAUGUGGUACCCUUUACUCAAAAGCAAGAAAAUAUGGAACUGUCUAAACUUUUACCUACAGAAACCACAUCUUUCAUGCCCUCAAAUUUGUGUUUAAAUGCAACAACAUUAGCGGAUAAUUCGAAUUUAAACCAAAUGACCGCGCCUUCCAAUGUUAACAGACAUGAAAAUACUUUUACAAUGCUCGAAAAUCGUGCACCGUCAUCUGCUAUGACAUCUUCAGUUUCCCUUUAUUACUCUCCUUCUAUGCAAAGUCAGCAAAUACAAAAUAUGGCAAAGAAAUCUAAAAUAAUGGAGUCAAAUUCUACAAGCGAAACACAAUUUCAUACUCCACUUUAUCAUGAACCGUGCCGAAUCAAUGAAAACUAUGAUGACACAUCCAGUGUUACUUCUAGUUCCGGCUACAAUUCAGAUGAUUAUUAUUAUCCCUGCUUUGUACCAUGUUCAGCCUCCUCUAGCUCUUUAACUCUGGCUAGUAACCAACGCCAAGAAUUAGCAGUUGCAUACUUCGCCGCUCAAACAACUGAAAUAUAUAAUACAGUAUUUGAACCUGUUUCGAUGCAACAAAUUCAGCUACCUAAUGUUUCUAGAGAUUUGCAUUUGGAUUUUAUUGAAGAAUAUCAAAACACGAACUCUUAUGAAAAAAAUAUUGAAAAUCAUCAGACACAGUAUCAGCACGCUACUUUUCAAAGCAACAUAAAUUCUGAGUUUUACUAUUCCGGAAACGAUAACGCCUGGAAUUUUUGUAUUUAAUUACUUAAUUUGAAAUUAAUAAAAACAGUUCAAUAAUUUGCUUAGAGCAACUUAUUUGUACAUAUAUACAUUAAUUUUAUACUCACUGGACACUAAUAGCAAACUAAUAAAAUCUGUUGUAAAUAAAUUCAUUUAAUGUCAAGUAAAGAAGGGCUAAGUUCGGGUUUAACCGAAAAUUUUAUACUCUCGCAAUUCGCGACGCUCCUAGGGGUAAAUCACAUUACAUGUACAAAAAGCAUAUCCACUUAAUUAUAAUAAAAUAUAAAUAAUGUUGAGGACACGGGAAGGUCUGAAUUGAUAACAUAUACCAGUGCGUUCAAAAAAAACCUUUUCCUUUGCGGGAUCAAUUCGAGGAAAACUGUUUUUCUUUUUUUGCAAAUUAAUUAAAAGUUCAAUUGUGAUCACUGACGCUUACAAUUCGGUAAAUUUUUUCGAUCGUACACAUGGUCUGACCAUAAUGAAGAAUGGAGUAUAAAAAAGGUUUAUUGAAGUCUGCUGAAAUGCUCUACGACCAAAAUAACCAUCAGUGGAUAGUGACAGAGGACAAUGCCGAAACAUAGGACACUCUUUACUCAAUGGAAACGAGAAACCAAUAUUGUUGACUUAGAUUGGCCAUCACAGUCGCCAGACGCCAAUUCAAAAGAGAAUGUUUGGGCGUUAAUCAAAGCCAAAAUAUCAUGAAAACAUUUAACGUCAACAAAAGAUUCCAACAUAUUUGGAGGUAGCUUCCUAUGGAAUAUGCGGGAAAUUUAGUUGCAAGUUGCCAAAGAUGUCAGGCUAGGCAAUUAUUGAAUGAUGAACACGUGUACAAGUUUCAUAGAGAUAUCUUAAUUUUUACUUAUCGCUUAUAAUAGUUUUAUGUCUAUCCCGGUUAAUAUAAACAACCGUUAGGUGAACAAAACUAUUACACUCUCAUACCACAUUGCGAAAGUAUAAAAAUAGGAAGUUAGCUUAAAGAUUAAGCGCAAAUUAAGUAAGUUCUACGGCGAUAUGGAAAACUGAAUGUUACCAUGCUAUGCUUCAUUUCUACUCGGUUAUAUUCUAGACGGGUAAAGCCUAUAAGCAUAAACGACAAUUAUUUUACUUGAAGUGAAUUCUGAAUGGAGUUAAUCUGAGGGCUGCCACGCGAAACCUUUUUAUUUCGAAAUGUUUUUAAUAUUAACAAACAGUAGCUACAUAUGAUAGUGGUACACUUAUUUUACAUUUAUUUGAUUCACUUUGAUCACACAUCACAAUUUGAUAAAUUUGGGUAAAAUUUUUAGUAAAUAUAUAUAUUUUUGGCAAAAAAUAGUAAUACGGGAGACUUGUUUUCAGCUUAAAUGCAAAUCAGCUGUUUAAUGUCUUCUGAAUGGAAACACAAGUGGAAUGGUUAAGAAUUUUCUUUAAAUAUAUGCAAAAGAAGCAGCAAAUGCCGAUGGAUAAAAUAUUUAUGUUUAAUUUAUCAAAUCAAUAAACAAAUUUCAAACUUUUAAGGCAAUUAAUCGCAACAAUGUACACCGGCACAAAAAAUCAGUUGAUUUGACGUUCAACUUGUAAUAUGUGUAUAUUCUUUUAUUAAUUAUGCAUGUGGGUUGAACUUACCCGUGUAGAAUAUAACCGAGUAGAAAUGAAGCAUAAACAUGGUAUGUGUUUAAUUACAAUCUUAGUGAAUAGUUUUAAGAUUUAAGAAAAAUAUGCUGUAUAAAAAGAUAAAUCACAAUCAUGAACCAUAAUGGAAAAUUGAACAAACAUUGAAAUAAAAUG